GGAUCUGUUGAGCAUCAGUCUCCAGUCGCCGUCGAAUCCCAAUUCAAAAGACCUGCACAAAUUGUGACUCAUUCCAACACCAAAGCACCUGUGUAUACUAACCUACCUUUCCAGAAUGAAACUCUUAAUUUGCCUCAUCCUUUCCCUAACACCUGCCGCAUUGGGUUCCAAAUUAAAGAAAAAUGACGACUCGAAUUCAUGCAUUUGUCCCAUGACUUAUCAUCCUGUUUGUGGUUCUGAUGCUGUCACGUAUUCAAAUGAAUGUUUCUUCCAAUGUGCUCAAAGUGAACAUCCAGAAUUAACAAUAUUUAGUCAAGGGGAGUGUCCGGUAUCAAUAGACGAUCCAACGUUUUUUGGAGAUGAAGUACAGUCAUCGCUACAGGAUGAAUCUCCGAGAUGUGUUUGUUCAAUGGAUUAUAAACCCGUUUGUGGCACUGAUAUGAAAACUUAUGGAAAUAUCUGCAUUUUCAAUUGUGAGCGACAACAGAAUCCAGCUUUGGGAGUGGCAGCACAUGGCGAAUGUCCUAAACCAGAGUUGGUUGAUGCUCCUGUACAACACCAACUGAAGCCUAUUCCAUUCAGACUUAAAUCGGCGUCGCUUAGGAGAAACGACGAAAACGAGAAGUUUUGCCUUUGUACGAGGGAAUACCGACCAGUUUGUGGGAGCAACAGGGUCACAUAUGCAAAUCCAUGUGAAUUCAAUUGUGCCAAGAAGACCAACGCUGACCUUAAGAUAUUGACACACGGAACUUGUGAUGACCUGGAAUGAGAGGAAUUCGUUCACAUCACCAAACCAACUCAGAACUGAUUUCUUUACGCGUUUGCCAAAGAUUACUUAACUACUUACAUACAUUUUAGUUCAGGCAGUGCACAGUGGAUACAAAAAUAUGUAUAUGAAAAUAAAUUAUGAAAGUUCAAAUCAGAA